AUGCGAGGCGCUGAGCCUGAUGGAAAGUCGAAAAGACCACGCAUACUCUUUCUUCUGCAGUUGAAUGGAAGAAAUGAACGCCAGGUGAAACGGUUGCUAAAAGUGCUGUACUCGCCUUACCAUUACUAUUAUAUCCAUGUUGACCAGCGACAGUUGUACAUGCUGACAGAGGUGAAAGCGGUAGCGGCAAAAUUGUCCAACGUCAUUGUUGCACCAGAUGCCCAUAGCACCAUCUGGGGUGGCGCAUCUCUACUGACUAUGGUCCAAGAUUCGCGAAUAUUCUUUAUUCACGCAGAUGCCAUUCGGCGAUCGAUAUCCAUGCCAAAUCUAUCUGACUGGGAUUAUCUUAUCAACUUGUCCGAAAGCGACUUUCCGGUUCUAACGCUCAAUGAGCUUGAGACACAACUUAGGCUUAACCCUGGAAAAUCUUUUAUGAGCAGCCAUGGGUACAACACAGGAAGGUUUUUGCAAAAGCAAGGUUUUGAUUUCGUGUUUGUCGAGUGCGAGAAUCGAAUGUGGAGAAUAGGAAAAAGAGAUGAAUUUCCGCGAAAUCUUCGCAUCGACGGUGGUUCAGAUUGGAUAAUUCUACAUAGAGAAUUUGCUGAGUAUUCUGUAUCAGAUGAUGAGUUGCCAAGAAAGUUGCGAACCUUAUUUGGUAGUAUCAUUUUACCUGUGGAGAGCUUUUUCCAUACGGUUGGUUGCUGCAUAAAAAUUUCAAAAAUGUAUUUUCUAUUUUUCAUUUCUGCUUUAGCUUGGCUACAAUUCUCGUUUCUGCCACAGUAUUCUUGGAAGUAAU